CAGAGCGGUCGCAGUUCGAACACGCCAGCUUGCGGAUCACGAAGGGUCUGUCCGUCUGCCGUUUCCACCCUCGCAGGCGAUUCCUCUUCUCGCUCCUUCGAGUGUCUCCGGCCUUUCUCUCUCUCUCUCUCUCUCUCUCUCGUCCUCUCCCUCUUUCUUACUCCUCCGUAUCAGUUCAUCCCGAGUCGACGUUCAUCGCCGCCACCGUCGCGCUGCUCGACUCUACUCUCCGAGUGGCGCGUUACCGAUCAGACGAGCGGACAGACGUGGUGUACGGCCUUUGCGAGUCUUUCUCACACCGGCGACACAUAGCGGGAUGGACCUUCGGCAGACCAGGAAGUCGCGCACGGGUUGAUAGGAGUUAGCAGAAGAGCGAGCACUCCCGGAAGUAGUGAGCACGACGGCUCCGUGACCACGUGAAGCGGCUGGGCCUCCUGCGACGGGGAGGUCGAGGACCGCGUGCGCAUCCCCUUAGAGCGUCUCUCAGACGAUGAUAGACCCAAGCUCGUCCGAAGAGGAGAGCGAGGAGGAUCAGAGCACCCACCAUGGCAGCAGCAGCGGUGGUGGCGGCGGCGGCCGUGCUGGCAGCGGAAGCUCCCACAACUCUCGUCGCCAUCCCGGCAGCGCCAGCAGCGCUCCGGGCUCUGGUAGCGUUGGCUCGUUCGCCUCGACUGUCGUCGCAUCGCCCGGUGGCCCAAAUCAUGUGGGUCCACCGGGUUCUUACGGGUCUGGGGGUCGCGCUUCGAGCACGACGAGCCAGCAGGACACUGCAUCCAGCCUGGACGUGCCCAGCAGUCAUUCCAGCGCUAGAAACUCCCUGUCGCCGUCGAUGAGCGCGGCUCAGGAUGCCGCCAACUACGCUCAGAGGCCCACGAGCCCGUCACCGUCGGUGGCUAGCGAGAAGACGGAGGUGGAUUUGCAGGAUAAGCAGGAGAGGGAAGAGGUGGAGAGAAAGCAGCGGAUCCAGCUUUACGUUUUCAUAUCUAGAUGCAUCGCUUAUUCGUUCAACGCCAAACAACCGUUGGAUAUGGUGCGGAAGCCGAUAAAAGUAACGAAGCAAUUAUUGGAGGCGACAUGCUCUCGUUGUCAGGGUUUUUUGAAGGGCGAGACGCAGAUUAUGGCGGACGAGGCGUUCCAAAACGCCAUACAGAAUUUUCACGACGUGGUCUUGAAGUCAGAUAGAUCAUUGCAAAUGGUGCAGAGCGGAGGAUGUACCCAGAACGACUUCCGCGAGAUAUUCAAGAAGAACAUCGAGAAGCGUGUUCGGUGCCUCCCGGAAAUCGAUGGACUGAGCAAGGAGACUGUGCUUACGUCCUGGGUGGCCAAGUAUGAUUGUAUCGUGAAAGGUAUAGGUGAAGAAGACAAGAGGUCUUCCAGGACGCAACAGCAGUCUUCGAACUCGGAGGCGGUACUGUCGAAGGAGCAGCUGUACGACAUGUUUCAGCAGAUCCUCGGCAUCAAGAAAUUCGAGCACCAGCUUCUGUUCAACGCCCUCCUGUUGGAUUCAGUCGAUGAGCAGGCUGCCGCCAUCAGGAGGGAGCUGGACGGUCGCGUACAAAAGGUCAACGAGAUGGAGAAGAACCGCAAGCUCAUGCCCAGAUUCCUCGUAAAAGAAAUGGAGUCGCUCUACAUUGAGGAGCUCAAGUCGUCUAUCAACCUGCUAAUGUCAAAUUUGGAGUCGUUACCGGUCUCCAAGGGUUCGAUAGACAGCAAAUACGGGCUGCAGAAGCUGAAGCGCUACAACCAUCGUGGUGAGCGCUCCCGCUGCCGCGGUCAGGGCUCUCUCGGUAAACUGGAGGGCGACUCCGCCGAUUCCGAUCCCCAGCUGACGAAAAUGGACGUCGGUCUGACCUUCCAACUGGAAGUAGUCGUAAUGGAGGUCAAGGGCCUCAAAAGCCUAGCAUCCAAUAGAAUAGUUUAUUGCACCAUGGAAGUGGAGGGCGGAGAGAAGCUACAAACUGAUCAGGCAGAGGCCUCCAAGCCCAUGUGGGAUACACAGGGUGACUUCACGACGAUGCAUCCGCUACCGGUGGUUAAGGUUAGACUGUACACCGAGAACCCAGCGAUGCUCGCUCUCGAGGACAAGGAGCUCGGCAAGGUGAUACUGCGGCCGAAUCCAAUGCACAACAAAGGGCCCGAAUGGCAUUCCAUGAUCGUGCCCAAGAAUUGCGCCGAUCAGGAUCUACGUAUAAAGGUCGGAUGUCGUAUGGACAAGCCGCUCAACAUGAAACACUGCGGCUAUCUCUUCGCGAUGGGCAAGUCCGUAUGGAAAAAGUGGAAGAAGCGGUACUUUGUGUUGGUCCAAGUCUCGCAGUACACAUUUGCGAUGUGCUCGUACAAAGAGAAGAAAAGCGAGCCGUCGGAAAUGAUGCAGCUCGAUGGCUAUACAGUGGACUAUACCGAGGUCGUUUCUGCUAAUCUCGUGGUCGGCAUGGAUUUAGAGGGCGGAAGGUUCUUCUUCAACGCCGUUCGCGAGGGCGAUCAUGUAGUGUUCGCUUCGGACGACGAGAACGAGUGUCAUUUGUGGGUGAUGGCGAUGUACCGGGCGACCGGUCAGUCGCACAAACCCACUCCGCCGGUCUCGGUGGCCGACAAGAACUCCACCAUCAGUAAGAUUCAGGGCGACGCCGACCGGGCGAAGAAGCACGGCAUGGAAGACUACAUAAGCGCCGACCCGUGCAAGUUCGACCAUGCCGCCCUGUUCAAGUAUCUGCAGAACUUGAUCCUGGAUUACAGACUGAAUGAUCCCUACUGCUCGCUCGGCUGGUUCUCGCCCGGUCAACUUUUUGUGCUGGACGAAUAUUGCGCCAGAUACGGCGUGCGUGGGUGCUUUCGGCAUCUUUGCUACCUUAACGAUCUGUUGGACAGAAUCGAUCGUGGGAUCAUGAUAGAUCCGACAUUGAUACACUUUAGCUUUGCCUUUUGCGCCACUCAUGUUUACGGUAACACAACCGAUGGAGAGGGCUCGAUCACCCAUGAAGAAAGAGACAAAUUUCAGGAGAUCAAGGAACGGCUGAGAUUGAUUCUCGAGAAGCAGAUCACCAAUUUCAGGUACAGUUUCCCGUUCGGGCGGCCUGAAGGGGCGCUGAAAUCAACCUUGUCUCUAUUGGAACGCGUUCUGAUGAAGGACAGCGUGGUGCCAGUGCCGCAGGAGGAAGUAAAGGCGUUGAUAAAGAGGUGCCUUGAAACGGCGGCGAUUGUUAAUUACGGAAAAUUAUCUGCUGAGGCGAAGCUCGACGACGAUCUUAGCGGCGAGGUGUGUGCGUCUCCCAGCAAGAAGCUGGAGGACCUCAUCCACCUCGCCGAGUUGUGCGUCGACUUACUGCAGCAAAACGAAGAAUAUUAUUCGGAGGUAGCGUUCGCCUGGUUUAGCGAUCUUAUGGUGGAGCACGCCGAGAUCUUCUGGUCACUCUUUGCCGAAGACAUGGAUAAAAUCUUGGCCGAGCAACCACCAGACACGUGGGACAGCUUCCCGCUGUUUCAGAUAAUGAAUGAUUAUCUUAGGACGGACGACAAUUUGAAGAACGGAAGGUUUCAUCAGCAUCUGCGCGACACGUUCGCGCCGUUGGUCGUGCGCUACGUUGACUUGAUGGAAACGUCGAUCGGCCAGUCGAUUCACAAGGGCUUUGAGAAGGAGCGAUGGGAGAUCAAGGGUAACGGCUGUGCCACUUCGGAAGACCUCUUCUGGAAGUUGGACGCGUUGCAGUCGUUCAUCGGCGGGCUGCACUGGCCCGAUCAGGAGUUCCGGCAACACCUCGAACAGAGACUGAAAUUGAUGGCUUGCGACAUGGUGGAAUCGUGCAUUCAGAGGACCGACACGGCCUUCCAGCAAUGGUUGAAGAAGGGCGUGACAUUCACCUCCACCGAUUACAUCAUACCAUCGGAGAUGUGCGCUAUGGUGAACGUUAUUUUGGAUGCCAAGAACCAGAGUUUUAAACUUUGUACUGUCGAUGGUGUCGAUAUGCAUCAAUAUCAUGCCAAAAUCGACGACAUGAUUGAAAAGACGUCGGCGGAAAUGAAUCAAGGAAUGAUUAACAAGCUUAUAGCGGUAUUAGAAGCGACACUUUCGAAGUUGUCUCGUUAUGAUGAAGGUUCCCUCAUUGGCUCCAUUCUCAGUUUUACGAAGGUAUCGGGAAGUGGGAAAGAAAUGGGACAAGCCUAUGUAAAUUUCACGAGAAAUUGCAUGGAUCAGAUUCGCAGUAAAGUCCUCGACGAAUUGUGGAUUUUGACUUUCUUCGAGCAAUGGUACACGGCGCAGAUACAAAUGCUGUGUAAUUGGUUGUCCGAGAGACUCGAUCAUAGCCUGCACCUGUAUCAAUGUACCUGCCUAGCUCACAUCGUGAAGAAGAUCUACUCGGACUUCGAGCUCCAGGGCGUAAUGGAGGAGAAACUCAACUCGAAGACAUAUCAGACUAUAUCCAAGAGAAUGCAGACGGAAGAAGCAACUUGUGCCUUAACCAUGAGCGCUCAGAACGAAGAAGGGCUUUCGGAGAAUGGUAAUGACGACGAGGUGGAGAGACCUAAGACAAAAGUGACGAUCGUUGAGACGAUAACGGGAGAUGACGCAAACUACGUGGCCAACUUGAGCAACGUCACUUCGAACGUUGUUGGCAAAGUCGGUAGCAUGUUCGGCAAGGGCAUCGGCGGUCUUUCUACAAAAUUCGGCGGAGCCACCAGUUGGUUCUAAUUAUUAUUUCUAGCACUCUGCCAGUACCUUACAUUCGACUAGUACGUUCCUUCGUCUAAAUAAGGGGAUGGGAAGACUUCUAAAGGCGUAGCCAGUACCUUAAGCAGUACGAUGAUUUAGAGUUUUGUCUAUAUAACGAGUGGUACGACUAAAACGAUGCAAUCGAUCAGUUGCUUUUAUCGUCUAGCGAAUGAUUUCGGUUUUAUCGGUGGAUUUUCGUCAAGACCUUCCGCUCGCGACAUUACGCGCGCGUACGGGAUUACAAAAUUACUUAUCAAUUAAUCACAAUAUCGCAAAAGUAACUGUUGAUAUAUUUCCGUUCACUUAUAGGCAUAGUUUUCGGAUUUAACGUAAUAUUAGACACGCGUUGAAGAGGGAACGCGUUGUGAAGUUUUCAUUGAAUCGUUUACCGUGUUUAUGUUCGAUCUCAGGUAAUAGCGAACAUAGUCGAGAAAUAUAUGAAGCUCGGAAAGGCUGAUUGUGCUGGCACGCACGAUACAGACGGGAGUAUGACGCGUAGACAACUAACAUAUAUUACAAACAAAAAAGUAUAUGUAUAUAAACGUACAUAUAUGCAACGUGUAAUUAUUGAUAUAUUCGUACAUUUUUGUCGUGCUCUGCACGCCAGACACGUCGUUGAUAUAGCUGAAUUGUCAACAGCAUACGAUUUUUCCUACUUAGUCUGUAUACCGCGAGUUGGUUUUGCGGAUUUAGUUGUUGAAGAACAAAAGCGAGGACGAAAUGCAUAAUAACUCGGAAAAGAUUCUCGGGUCGGUUGCAACGUUACUUGGGUGCAGGAUGGAGUGCACGCGAAGAAAAUCUUGGAAAAACGGUGGGAAGGGGGAAGAAGCGAUUGUCGCCGCUUAUACCGAGUUAAUUUUGCGACCAACAAGUCAAUGCUUUUUCAGCCGUUAGAUACGAUCGCUGUUAUCUGUUGGACGACCAUUCGUCGAAUCGAACAUCUCUCGUAUCUUCGCGAAACGAGAAGGUCACUUUGUGAUACAAAAUCAAAUAUACAGGGUGGUCGAGACUGGCCGAGGAGUGUUUUCUGUUUUUUUUCAGGGACAGCCUUUUUGACGAACGUACAGUCGAUCCUGCUCGUUCGCGAAAAUUAUUUUAUUUCUUAACUUUUACAGUUUAAUAAGAAUUUCCGAUAAAAUGGUUUGAAAUUAAUCGUAAAAUAAAGCCGCAUCAUUCAUUCACGCUCUCGAAGCUUAACUGAUUGAAAAUAGCUUACACAAAUGAUUUUUCUGAAAAAAAAUUCUAAAGAGGAAGCAAUCGACUCGAUACUCGUCAAAGAGAAUCUGCAUCGAGAAGGCAAUCUUCGGCGGAUCCGAGACACAUUGUAUAAAAGAAUUGACACAGCUGAUAUUAACUCAUAUAUAUAUAACGCGCUGUACGUAAUAUUUAUCGCGCCGCUUGUGCAUUUCGGGCCGAAACGUUUCGGUUAAAACGUGUAAUUCAUAUAUCAAUGAUAGUUUUCAGAACGGCAAUAAAUAAUAAGCAUCAGCGUAGCGCUUAAACAAUUAAAAUCGGAUCGUAGCGUACCUGCGAUAUAAGUUGCUGGCAUAUAAACUUUUGUAGUGUUGCUUCCGACGGUACUAUUUACUAAACACACACGGAGAGGUUUCCGCACGUUAAUUAACCGCGAUUGAAUGGUCGCCGAUAACCAUCAGAAGCAGUGAGCGUAGUAGCACGUUAUUUAUUAUCCGCUCGUUAUAUAUCAUGCUCGUUAUUACACGUAUCUGUGCUCGUUAUCGAUAUGUAAUAGCGUGACUCUUCGAAAUUAUUUGCGAAUGGGGAGGGAACUUGCGAGCAGGUGUGCACAGUCGGGAACUUUACUAAUGAGAGUCGCUCUGAGGAGGGUGAUCGGAGGAUGCUUCGUUUACUAACAAAUAACGUUAAAAUGUUUCUUUCGACGUUAUUAGCUAAUGAAGGAAGACUUCAGUAAUGAAAAAUGUCACGGAAUAUUCGUGUUUUGUAAAAUGGAGAAUAUCCACUACCGAGAUAUUAGAGAGUGAUCAAAGGAUCCUUUGUUUAUUAACGAAUAGAGUUAAAUAGUUCACUUUGACUUUUUCUGUCAAUAAAGAAAGAUCGCUUUGAUUGAGGAUUUUGAUGAGAGUUACUGAUAUCUCGCGUUUAAUUGUCUGCUCAGAGAGUAAAGUUUUUCAGUAUACAUCAAGCUACGUGUUCACUUGACGCUGAAUCGCUCGUCUUGAGAGUAAUUCUUGAUAGCCUGAAAUUUUCGGAUGGUUCAAAAAAUUGGUAACGCUAUCCUCAAAUGUGUCCACUGUGAAUUUUUACUGUCGAUGAUAACUCUCGAGAGUGAGCGUCUCCAACGGAGAACAAUACAAACGCUUUCGAUUUCGCUCUAGUCGCGAUCGAAGAAAUGACGUUUUCGCUGUUUUAUUUGUUGUCGUCGUCGUCGAUACUAUAACGUCCUAUAAAAGACAGGUGUUAUGUAGGUUUACAUUGCAAGAGAGCCUUGUCACUGGAUCACACGAGGCGCAUAUAUAUUUUCAAAACUUCACGAUAUAACGUUCGUAUAUUAAUGGAUAUUUAUUUAGCUUGAUAAACUCUUGAAAGUGCAUCUAAUGCGAAAGUAUAACAAUGAAGCAGGAUGAAAAAUGCGCGUCCCUAGAAAAAUAAAUAGCUUACGCCAUCUUCUCUGUGAAUUUAUUUACGCGUUUCUCCUUUUCGGAAGAUGCGUAAGACGAAUUCUAAUAAUCGCCUUCGUAACUCUCGAGCUCUUCUUGAGCUCUCUCUGUCUACCUCAAAUUCGAAGAAAUAUUUCGUUGCCUAUGUCAAAUGAUUUCAGAGAGAUCGAUCGAAAUUGACCGAGAAGAUAACGUAAUUGAGUUUGUAAAAUCCACAAUAUUAAUUUUAACUCAAUUAUACUGCAUAUAUAUAAAUUUAAAUUUAUAAAUUUUUUCGUAGGUUUCAACUUUAAAGAUCUAUAUGGUUCAUUCUAUGUGUGUGCAUCUAAGAAGGAUUGAAUAAAUCCUAAACUUGUCGAAUUCUACUCUGAUUGUCUGAAACAAUAAUACAAGUGAAUUACGACGUCUGCAAAUCACGUCAAGUAGUCUAUUUUAUACCAAUUUUCUUACUCACUGCUUAAUUGGCGGCGGACACAUUUUUCACCCUACUUCGACGCGAGUAAGGCAGUAAAAUUAAACUUUAAAAAAGGGAGGAAAAAGAAGACAUUCGUAUGUAAUCGCAGUGACGAGAACGCGAGACAAGUGGAUUUACCAUUCGUUUGUACAUACUUUAGCGGUGGCGAAACGGGAAAGAGUCAAUUUUUUAUAUAACACAAAAAAGAACUCGCGAAAACGAAGCGAAACUCACGGAUUAAGAGAAAUUGUUCUGUCGUGCGCUCAAGUUGCUAAAGCAAGAGAUUGCAUAGAGAGAUUCGCACGGCUCGGCAGCCUGCAACGACGCGCGUGUGUGUGUGGCAAAAAACGAAAUGAAAAAUGAAGAAGAAAAUUUCUUAGAGACGAAAUAUUAUACUCUUCAUCGUCGACUUCCGAACUUGACAGAAUAUUUUUCGAUGCAUCGUUCGCACGUUUACAGAGUAGGGCGAUGAAAGGCGAGCUCCCUUUUUCUCUAUUUCUCCCUCUCAAUAUCUCUCUCUCUUUCUCUCUCACACUCUCUUCUUCUCUAUGUCUCUUUCUCUUUCCCGUUUCUCUGUCUCUUUCUCGCCGGAAAUCGACAAAAGUGCAUGUUAGUUCGUUAACAAUUGAAAUAAUCGUAACACACUUCGUAUAGAAAUUCUUUUAACUUCGAUAUAUUGUUACAUAUUCUACGGAUUCUUCAGGGACGGAAAAGCUGUUCUCUCGUUAAACUCAGCGAAACGCAGUACUAAAUAUGCCACAUUACUUUCGAAAAGUUGCGGUUGACUUAAGCGUGUAAACAGCGCGCGAUUAACUACGUAUUUAGGCUCGAUCUUUCCUUUACGUGAAGUUUUUCUUUUCCUUUUUACCAAGUUUUGAGGGAAUAUUGCACGGAAUGCAAUAACAGCGUCUGACAGAAAUGCCUUCAUCAUGCUUUGGAAUCUUUCUUCGUUUACAGAUUUUUAGAUUGUAUCACUUCCUCCGAUAGUCGUCUAUAUUAAACCAGACGUCUAAAAAUUAUCGUAAUUAUCUAUUCAAUUAUAUAUAAAUGCGGAGAAAAGGAUAAACUACAAAUAGAGUCAGUUAUUUUAAUGACAAGUUAUGCUAUCAAUUGCACAAAAAAUUGUAAAGAUUGAAAGAAAGAGUACAUAACGAAAUUUCGUUUCUUGCUUGAUUUUAACCAAGUUAUUUGUUUUAUCGAAAUUUUAAUUAAAGGUGAACAAAUGUAUGACAAGUCCUCACAAAAUCUAUUAAUUCAAAUUUUCUAUAGAAUCUAUAUAUGAAGAGAAACAGUAGUUUUGAGACAACU